UAACGAGGUUAAAGGAGAGUAAGAUGCAGAUCUUUUUGGCAUGUGGUGAUGGCUCUCACUGUAGAUCCAAACAGGCCUAAAAUACUUAACAGUCUUACCAUUGUUUAUUCUUUAAAAUGUUACAUCUUUUGUUUCAAUAUUAAAAUAUUGUAUUUCUAUUAAUUUAAUUGUUAAAUCUAUAGUAUAUACCAACAUCUAUAAUUAGCCAACCAAGUUUAAUUAAAAAUCUUCUCUAUCAUUUCAAGGAAUUGCCAUUUCAUCAUAACAUCUUAAGGUCUCUUAUUUCCUUUCUUUUCUAUCUCUCUGUAAGUACAUUUGAAAAACAUAGAAACAACCCUUGCUUAACCCCUCAACCAGUUCUGCGAAUGGUUUUGAGUUCAAAUAUUGACCAUGAGUGCUGACCAACCGUCUUUUGUCAAGUAAAAUUAAUGUUUUUUUAUUUUUCUCUAGGAAUUUAUGGUUCGGCUUCAUGAAUUACACUUUACAUAAAGCUUCCCGAUAACAAUAAGCAUCGUUGAACAAUUUUGAUUACGCUCUUUGAAUUGUGCCUUCCUUUUCCAUUUGUAUUUGCUCUUUUGGUAAAAGUCGCUUUGAAACAAACAAACCUCAAUUUUUGAUAAUUCAUCUCCAACUCGCUGUAUAUGUUCAACCUUGAUUUGAACACAAUAUUCUGGUAUCAUUUAGUUUCUGAAAUAGUCUAUAAUUGAUUGAUAUUGACUUCUCCCCUACCUCCUCUGAUUGGUUUGACACUCUCACCAAGUUCAUCUGGCUCUGGUACCAAAAGGACAAAGAUCAUACUUGGUAGUCAGCAAACCUUUUUUCUCCUGUAUUGUGGCGUAAAAGAAAAUUUCCAUACAAAGGAUUUUUUGCCAUUCUAAAUUCUUUCCAUCGAAGCUUCUUGGUAAAUCAUAACCAUAGAUGUCGAUGCUUAUUAAAGCUGAGUGAAGACUAGUGCACUUCUACUUCAUAGUACCAAAUAUGUUCAUUAUCCUACCUGCUGAUUUGUAAAAGUUAUACGAGUGUUUCCGGUGUACUCUUAAUAUGGCCCAAGCUCAGUUAAACCAACGGAAUUCAUUGCCCAUUCCAUCCUCCUUUCGGUCCAAAAGGACUACAAAAAACGUUACAAAAAAUGAUAAUACAGCUAAACCCAAAGUGGAUUUUACGCAGCCCAAACCAUACACACCCUCACACGACAUACCAAGCCAUGAUUAUGAAGGACGUAAAGUCAGCAGAUAUUCAUGUGACGCAUGUGGCGACUGUUUUUUGUUUAAAGCAUCCCUUGAUCAACAUGUUAAUCGACGAUCUGUCAAGUUAACCUGUACAUUGAAUGAAUCAGGUACCAAAUCCUUACGUUUUUACAAUAGAUGUGCCCAGUUCUAUUAUUUUAAAAGUCAAACUUCAUCAAACCUUGUUUGUAAAGAGAUAAAGUUAUCUCCCUUGAUGCCCGAUGAGAAAGCUACAUUCAUUGACAAUGUUUCUCCUUAUCAGGAUGAGCAAAGCAAGGAGUCAAAUAGCUCUAAAGGUCCAAAGGUGGUAAUUAAGCUUGAGAAAACAGUUGAUCCUCCGUCCAUUGUUUCUCCAGAACCUUCUGAAAGUAACAGCAGCAGCAACAACACAAUUCGCAACAACAAAAUCAAAUUUACUUCCGAAUCAAAAGAAAAGAAAGAAAACAGAUGUCUUGAAUGCGAUGCAACCUUUCUCAAUGUCUCUUCUCGCAAAGAACAUUUUAAUUUACUAGAUAAUGAUCAUGGACCAUUCCAGUGUUCUACUUGUUCUUUUUGGUGCCCUAACUCAUGUUCUCUCAAAGCACACAAGCGGUUUCACACAAUGGAAACACCUCACGUUUGUCCAGAGUGUGGUUUUCAUUCAGAAAAGUCAUUCAAAAAGAUUAUUUCACAUUGCAUCAUCAAGUGUCAACACUUACUGAGACAACUUUUAUACAUUUGUUCACAAUGUAAAGUCACCUUCAGUACAAUCACCGGUCUUAUAGAGCACAUAACAUCAAACCACACUAAACAAUUGAUCCGGUGUAGCACUUGUAGCCAACAAUUCGAAUCAAUUGACAGCUUUGAGAAGCAUAAAACAAGCCAUGCAUCUGAAGAUGGGUAUCGAAGUGACAAUUUUUACCAGUGUCAUAUUUGUUCGAAAGAACUUUUGUCCAAAAUAUUGUGCUACAAUCACAUAGAAAAUCACUUGAAGCAAACGAAAGAUAUGUAUAAAUUUGUAUACAUUUGCCCUCAAUGUAGAGAAAGACAAUGUGACUCUGGCUCUCAAGUUGUCGUUCAUUUACAAGCAGCUCAUCUACUGGAUCUUACCAAGCCUGACCGAGAAGCUAGUCUCAUAAAGGUUCUUUGCGAUCGUCAUAAAAUUAAACUUUCCAAAGAACCUGAAAAAGAAAGUGCUAUUAAUUCGACUACCCCAAUAAAAUCAACAUCAUCAUCAUUAAUCUCAAAUCAACCAUUAAACGAUGGAAAUUUAAAGACCACAAAGUUUGCCUGUGAAAUUUGUGGUUUGAUCACUUCAAGCUGGGAUGACAUGGCUGAUCAUGGAAUCAGUAAACAUAUUGAAGAAGAGUCUCAAUUUGUUUGUCUUAUUUGUUCAAACAAAAAAUUUACACGAAGAAAUUCGCUGCUUGCACAUCUCAGAAAGUUCCAUACAACAUCUUUGGCAUGUCCUUCCAAUAGGUGUACUUCCUUACGUUUCUCGAAUGCUGCUGACAUUUAUUCUCAUUAUCGAAUAAAACAUCGUCUUCUUGAUCUUAAUGAAGCUAAAGAGAUAAAACAAGCUGAUCAAUCUCGUCGAAAUAGUGACUCAUCUCCCGCCAAGCGACCUAAAGUAAACAGCCAUAAAAAGAAUGAUCAAAAAGAUGUUAAUGAUGCAAAUAAAUCGGUGACGAAUACUCAUUUCAAUUACAUGAACAAUGCCACAUUUUUGGAGGAAAAUGGAUCUUCAGGUCUCUAUAGAGAUCCUAUGCUCAAUGGAUCAUCGUAUCUUUAUCAAUGUGCUCAUUGUGGAUUUCAAGCGGACGGAAUAAAGCAACUGCAAGCUCAUUAUAUAAUUCACCGAACAGCUAAAGCCCCUUACCUUUGCUACGAAUGUGGUUCCAAUUUCAUCUCAUAUUCUUUAUUGGAUCGUCAUUUAAUCAGUCAACAUGGUAUCACUGAUUGUCAAAAUUACGUUAAAUUAAAUCUUCCAGAUCUCUACCGUGAGAAAGACGAUUCUUCUAAUGUUGAUCUCCUUGGGAUAAUUCAAAAUGAUACUUUGAAUGUCUCUAUCUGUCCUAUUUGUUCAAAAAUAUGCUCUGAUUCGACUUCACUUAAAUCACACGUUAAAGUCCAUGGAAUGGCUUUCAUCAACUCUAUUCGUAAAAAUUUAAACACAUCGACAACUAAUGAUGUAGCUUAAUCAUUAAUUGAAAGUUAAAUAAAUCAUUCAGUCUCCUUUGUUCACUCACUAAA